CUAGCAGGGCCUAUAAAAUAUGCGUUUUUAAGUUUUUGCUUCUUAUCUUUGAUAGCCGUUGUUGAUCCCGAGCCAUGUCCGGACGAGGCAAACAAGGGGGCAAGGCUCGCGCCAAGGCUAAGACUCGCUCUUCGCGGGCCGGGCUCCAGUUUCCCGUGGGCCGAGUGCACCGCCUGCUCCGUAAGGGCAACUACGCCGAGCGGGUCGGGGCCGGCGCGCCGGUGUACCUUGCGGCGGUGCUGGAGUACCUGACGGCCGAGAUCCUGGAGCUGGCGGGUAACGCGGCCCGCGACAACAAGAAGACGCGCAUCAUCCCGCGCCACCUGCAGCUGGCCAUCCGCAACGACGAGGAGCUCAACAAGCUGCUGGGUAAAGUCACCAUCGCGCAGGGUGGGGUCCUGCCCAACAUCCAGGCCGUGCUGCUGCCCAAGAAGACUGAGAGCCACCACAAGGCCAAAGGCAAAUAGAAGUCUGGAUGCAGCUCAAGUUUCGCAAUCAAACCAAAGGCUCUUUUCAGAGCCACCUACAGUUUUCUGGGAAGAACUGAGCACUAGGUUUAUAAAGCUUAUACUCUAGAUAAUACUUAGGACCAUUAUAGGUGAAUUAUACCAACCUCAAAACUUGUGUUAGGAAGUGAUUUCUACUCCAUGUUAAAGUGUGUGAAAUAACCUAUAAACUUUGAUUCAACACCAUUGGCAGAUUUGAGGGGUUAUGUGGAGUGAGUCAUUCUUAAGUAUUGUCACCUUCACCUCUACGCAUCAUGAACCUCUGGAAAGCACAAACUUCUGGUGGAAGGUCAAUGUGCCUUUUUGUGGCAGUUUUAAGACAUCUUUGUUUUCUGGGUUCUAGACAUCCUGAAUGUUCAGGGAUCAAACCAAACCUGUAUCUUAGGUCAAAGGCCAUUCUUGGAGCCGUAAGAUAUCUGAGAAAGACCUAAUUUCACAUCAGUGUACAUUACCUUUUAUAUUGCUGAUUAAGGAAUAUUUAAAUACUCAGGCUUCUUAUUGGAAAAGUUAGCUGAGGUGCCUGACAAUUAUACUCAUUGUUUAUUAUUGGGUUCUCAAGUAUUUUCCAAGCUCCCUCGCACCCAUCCAUACAAACAGAUGUCUAUAUAAGUCGAUGAUCAUUCGUUUCAGGAUAAAAAUGCUAAGUUCUAGUUUAA